UUUUAUUGUGAUGUUGAUAUUGUUUUUUUUAACAUUAAAUAAUGUGAGUCAUUUUUUUAAGCAUGAGUGUCAAAAGAAAUCACUGGUUCCAGCUUCUCAAAUGUGGAUUUUUGCUGUUAUUUUAGUUUACUGUGACAGUUAAGGGAUUAUUUCUGGGGUUUACUGUUGGUCAACAAAACAAGAAGUUUAAAUAUGUCGGCUGGGACCCUUGGAACAUGUGAUGGAUCAUGAGAAUAAUCAUCAGCUGCAGCUGUAACCCUGACAGAAACCAAGGAGGAAAGAGAAGAGAAACAAAAGGAGAAGACUGGAAGAAAUAAGGAGAGAGGAAAGGAUGAAGGCAAGGAAAUAAGAAAGAGAACUGACAGCGGAGUAAAAGUCUUUACUUGAGUAAAAGUACUCAGUUACCUGCAGCUGUGGUGUCGGGUGUCAGGGCCUCCACAGGCCUGGUGGGGGAGGACUCAGAGAGGAGGGGGACUCUCUAAGUUUAGGAGCCUGUGUCAGUCCAGUCCUCAGACCAGACAACGUCCCUGAGACUGACGCUGUGACAGACCGCCGUCAGAGCAGAGCAGUGAGUAGAAACGUGCUGCUAACUCGAACCUGCGUGUUUGAACCAGCAGGAAGGAGGCUGGAGUCUUGGUUGCCAUGGCGUCGGCCAAUGAGAACGGGGAGCGCGGGGAUCAGGCAGUUCCUGAUGGAGACGAGCAGGAGGAGAGGAGCGUCAGGGGGGUGCAGUCUCAUUACCUCCGCUGCCCCUCCCCCAGUUUCUCCAUGUUGUCUGAGUCCAGGUUUUCUGCAAUCUCCGGCUCUGACGCUGCGAGCAUCUUCAUGGAGCCCAUCCACCUGUCGUCAGCCAUCGCCGCCAAGAAGAUCAUCAACGAGGAGCUGCCGCCUCGGGGCGUGCGCACCGAGUCCAUCCCGGAGUCCAUGCUGGAAACAGCCGAGCAGCUGAUGGUGGAGGACCUCUACAACCGGGUCAGGGACAUGGUCGACGACCGCAGCCCCUACAACACCCCCUGUGUGCUGGACAUCCAGAGGGCCAUGGUGCAGGACCGCCUGGAGGCUCCCGUCAACCCAGUGGAUGAGGUGUGGCCCAACAUCUUCAUAGCCGAGAAAUCUGUCGCUGUCAACAAGGCUCGUCUGAAGCGAAUGGGCAUCACCCACAUCCUCAACGCUGCCCACGGCACAGGGGUCUACACGGGCGAGUCCUUCUACGCCGGCAUGAACAUCCAGUACAUGGGCAUCGAGGUGGACGACUUCACAGACGCCGACAUCUCGGCGCACUUCAGACCCACCGCUGAAUUCUUGGACGAGGCUCUGCUGACACACAAAGGGAAAGUUCUUGUGGUCUCCAUGAUGGGCGCCAGUCGCUCUGCUGUCCUGGUGGCGUCCUACUUGAUGAUCUUCCAACACAUGACCAUCAUGGAGGCCCUGACGUCCAUGAGGAAAAAGCGUGCCAUCAACCCCAACGAGGGCUUCCUGAAGCAGCUGCGAGAGCUCAACGAGAACCUGAUGGAGGAGCGCGACGACGACGACGAGACGCUCAGCCAGUGCUCUGUGAUCGACGCUCGCACCCGCGCUCGCAUCUUCAACGAAGGCAGAGAUGAUGAUGAUGAUGAUGACACAGAUAAAGAGGAAGAGCAGAGCAUGAUCGAGGUGAAAGCUCGCUCCAUCAUGAUGGAGGAGGAGGAGGAUGGAGAGAGUGUGAUGAGCAGCGUGGCCUCCUCUGCCGCCGCUGCGGCGCUCAGGAGCGGGUCGAUCGGAGCGCAGAACGGUCUGGACAGCCGGGGAUCGACCGCCGUUCAAGAGGAGGUCGUGCUGCCUGAGCAGGAGGGCAGGGAGGAGGAGGACGAGGACGGUCUGGACAGCAUGAUCCGCGAGUGGCAGCGGAGAAAUGAGAAGUAUCAAAGCGACGAGUGGUGGGAGCAGCAGCUGGACAGCGACGGCGAGGACGGGGAAUCGCUCACGGAGGGCCGACCAAAGAAGACAGAGGGCGGUUUAGACGCCGACGUGGAGAGCGUCACAAGCGAGGACGUGCGAGCCGUGAAAGAGCGGCUGAAGCGGCGCAGCAAACGCCCGCCUUCAGACGCCAUGUCCACCUCCAGCUGCACGAGUUACUCUGAUCUUUGGAAACAGCGGCUGAGGGAGAUUGAGGAACAAGCUGCUGCUCGCUACCACAAGAAGGAGGACGAUGAAGGCAGCGAGAGCACGGCCACUGAGGGAGGAGAGGGAGGGAAGAAGAAGAUCGAUGACGAGGUGGAGAGCAUCCUCUCUGACACCAGCUCCAUGUACAACUUCUGUCAGAAAAACAAGGAGAAGAUGACGCCUCUGGAGCGCUGGCGCGUCAAGAGGAUCCAGUUUGGCUGGAACAAGAAAGAACGUGAGGAUGGAGAAAAAAGUUCCAUAGGAGACGGAGAGAAAGGCGACGGCGAGGGAGAGGCGAAGACGCCGUCUUUCCAAGACGUCAACCUGACGGCCUAUCAGGCGUGGAAGCUGAGGCAGCAGAAGCGUUACGGCGAGGAGAACCCAGAGGAGAUUUUAGAGAUGAGCCGAGGCGAGGACUCAGCCAUGAUCAAAAGGAGGCAGAGACGCGAGGAGAUUCUGGAGCGGUCAAAGAAAACCUUAGAGGAGAGUCAGUCCAUGUGCGGCUGGGAGACUGAGAGCUGUGUUAGCGGAGGUACGAUACCUCUCUCUGCCUUCUGGGCUGGAGCCGGCGUCACCGGUCCACCGAGCGUCGCCAACGAUGACAACAUGUCCAUGCUCAGCGGCAGGUCGUCAGUCAUAUCUUCAGUCUCACAAGCUCGCAGUCACAGAUCGGCACAGUCUGCUGUUCCACUUCAGCCCACUCCCCCUGUUCCUCCCAUCCUCCCCGUUCCAACUGUCCAGGGCCCCGGAGGAGAGCCGAUGGUCAACCUGGCCAGCAUCCAAAACUGGAUCGCUAAUGUUGUUUCGGAAACGAUCAAGCAGAAGCAGAGCGAGAUGAGCCUUCCUCCUCCAUCACGUGCAGGAUCGGAGCUCAGCUUUGGUGCUGCGCCGAGCGUGAUCUCUGGCCGGGGAGCGGAUGAUGACAAAGCUUCCUUGUUGAGCGGUGCGUCCUACUCCAGCGCUCUGUCCCAGGGUCGUGGCAGGGCAGCGUCAGUCCUCUCAGGUGGCGGGUCGAGCAGCGUCUCAGGUCUCAGCGGUAGAGGUUCAGCGCUGGGAUCCACCCUUGGCUCCACCCUGAGCUCCAAGAAAAACAAGAUCACCACCACCAGCGUCCCCCUCUUCAGCCUCUUCCAAGACCAGGUCAACCUGGGCAAACUGGAUGCCAUGGACAAGGAGAUCAAGUCUGAGAUGAGGGGCAAGAUGGCUACGUACGAAAAGAAGAAGAUCCUGGAGGACAACAAGCGCAGCACUCUGUACAAGAAAAAGAAACCAAAGGAGGAUGAGGAAGAGGAGGAGGAGAGAAAGAUGAGAGAGGAGGAGUUUCUUGAAGAGACAAAGAAAAAGGAGAAACCUGCGAGGACUUACGGCCUCUCUGGGUGCCUGAACCUCAACCCAGCGCUGGAGAAAGAUAAGAACACCAGCAUCGACGACUGGCUGAAAAGCGUCAGGCCUCCUCCGAGGAAAACGACCUCUGGAGCAGAGGAGUCGGAGGAUCCCUACGACGACCUCGACGCCUCCGCUUCUGAGUAUGAUUUCUCGAGCCGCAGGGCCUCCUAUGCUGCCGAUGAGGAGGAGGAGGAGACGUACAGCUCCAGAUACAGAUCAAGGUUACGUGAAAAUCUGCUCAGUGAAGAUGCAGAAUAUUCCUGCAACGGCUUCACACAGUCCCACAGCUACGGCCGGGCAGGGAGGUCGUACGGAGCCUACGACGAGAGCGAGGAGGAGAGCUACAACGACCUCUCCGCCAAGAGGAAGUUCGGUCACCAUUCACGAUACGAAAGCAGCGAGACAGAAGGGAGGAGCAGCAGGAGGGUGCAAGCCGAGGGAGAGGAGGAGGAGGAGGAUGACAUCGCUACCUUCAUCGCCCAAACCAGACAGAGGAUCAGAGCUCGGGCUGCCGCCGAGGCCGAGGACGACGAGGUGCUGGCUGCUUGGAGGGCGCAGCAGGAAGCAAAGUCACAGAGUCGGAGCGAAAAUUAGAGCUGAUUCCACGCUGCUGCUCGUUCAAAGACGGCUCCGUAAACUCUUCUGUCGUGCACUACUGUUCAAAUACACUCAGAUAAGCCUUUUUGUGAAAGUAGGUUUUUAGAAGUGUUUACAUCUGUAGGUAAAAUAAGCCACCUUUCCCUGCUCAUCAUGCAUCAAACAUUUUAUAAGAAUGGAUGUUUAGAGCCUGUAUUAUUACUAAUGACUUAAAUAUAAGUAGGUUAUUCUUAAAUUAAGGUUUUGUGUGAACCACUGUUGAAUGUAACUGAUCAUCAAACACUGUAUUUUCAUACAAGAUGAUAUGAAACGCCUGAAAAAAGGAAAAUCUAAUCCUAUUUGUACUGUUACAUUAUUUUAUUAUCGCAAUAAAUAGCCUGAUAAAUGA